AUGGAUCUUGUUGACCCAGAGCCUGUCAUGGCCCCAGAGCAUGUAGCUGCUCCUGAUCCUGCACUAGAGCAUGACCCUGUUCAUGAUGAUGCACCAGCUAUUGCACCUCUUGUUGACGAUAUACCCAUUGCUGACCCACCAGUUGUUGCUCCACCGUUGGUGGAUGACCCUGUUGUUGAUGCACCGAUUCCUGAUCCUGUGCUGGUACUGUUUGACGGUGCACCUUUUGCUGCUCAUAUAGAUCCACGAUAUGCAGACACCCACAACGGGUGGAUCGAUGACGGUGACGAUUACCCACCAUUUGUGUUACCUGUUACACCUCCAGUAGCCCCUGUUUCAGCACCCACUAAUAUCCCAUUGUUUCCCCCACACAUCACAGACGCUCACCGCACUGAUCUCCCUAUUACGUUCCUUCAGGACAUACCGCCACCGCGUCCUGGAGAGGGGUCAUCUAGGCAGCCGCCUGUUUCUGCUCCACCCAUGUUGUCAUCACCUUUUAUUCACAUCACAGUUUCCCCAUGUUGCACCACCUACUGCACCAUCUUUCACUCCAUCGAGCGAGACAUUUCUAUGGACUACGCCCCCUAUCAUGCCAUUGUCUGA